AUGAUGUUUUUGCUACCUUCCCUUCUGUGUGCCUUAGCUGGCUAUGUCUCUGCUUUUUUAGUAGAAACAUCAACUCUAACAGAUCUCUAUCCUCCACUUUGGAAGGAUUGUCCCAGCCAGUUCAGUGACUACAAGACAGAGGAUGGAGUGUACACUAUUGAUCCAUGGUUAUAUCCUGAAAGAAUGGGAAUGUACAAAAUCUUAAUUACAUUAACAGCUAACUAUUUUGAAAGAUUUGGACCAAAUAAUGAAAAAAACAUUUUAUGGGGACUGCCUUUGCAGCAUGGAUGGCAAUUUAACACAGGAAGACUAACUGAUCCCACUAAUGUGACUGAGUGUGGCAAAGAAAAUGGAGACCAUAUGUGCAUUUCUGUGAACAGUUGGUGGGCUUGCAUGAAUUACUAUCUAUGUGCACUACCCUUCCUUAGUGCAGUUGAGGCUGGAGCAUUAGGGAUUUCAUCAGACCAAGUGACACUUUUGCUACCACCAAAGGACCAGAUGUAUUUCUGUUAUGAUGUCACGACUUGUCGUUCAUCCUUCCCAGAUGCUAUGACAAAAUGGAAUACAUUUUUUCAGAAAGCAAAAGAUCUUUCUAAAACCUUGGAUGAAUUACUGAAAGACUUGUGGAUCGCACAUGAAGCAACCAUUGAAGUAGCCAGAAAUAUUUUUCACAAUAGACUUCAAUAUUACUCCAAACCAGAGUCAGAUUUUGAAAAAAGUUGGGCAACUGCUGUGAAUUAUAUUGCAGCAGUGCGCUUUGAAACAUCUUUGAUAAAAACUCAUGAAUUCCAGAAAGCUCUGCCCCCAAGACUGCUCAAUUCUGGUGACCAGCCUCCCUUAAUUAAGGAUUUCACUGAUUCCCAGAACAGAGUCUUGUUUUUGCUUAAUCUUCUAUAUGAAACAGAUGAUAAUUCAGAUCACAAAUUUUUGCUUCUUGUCGAAACUGUAAUGGAGUCUAAAAUUCUAAGGAAGAUAGCAAAUUCUGUAAUGGAACAGUUUAUUCAAAAUAUGAUAUAACAUUGAAGGAAAUAACUUCAAAAAUUUAGAAAUUAUAUAUAUUUGAAAGUACAUAUGUUUGGGGCAGCUAGGUGGUGUAGUGAAUAGAACACCAGCCCUAUCAGGAGGACUUGAGUUCAAGUCUGGCUUUAGACACUUAACACUUCCUGGCUGUGUGACCCUGGGCAAGUCACUUAACCCCAAUUGCCUCAGCAAAAAAAAAAAGAAAAAAAAAGUAUAUAUGAUUAUUCCAAUUCAGAUUUCUUAAGAAAAAGUCAUUUCAUCUUCUUUGGCAUCACCAUAUAGUUCCUGUAUCAUCUGGUGAUUUGGGUAUAUAUAUGAUUAUUUUUAAUUAUUUGGUUAAUGAUGUCUGUGCCUUUUUAAAACUGAAUUAAUGCUUCCCUGACUAAUUAUAACAAUUAGUAAUUCUCAUCUUCUUGCUAGUUAAAUACUAAUGAGAUUCUGUAUUAUCUAUUCAUUAUAAUGUGAUUCAAAAGUAAUAAAUCAAAUCUUUUUUUGAA